UGAACUCCUUGUUUUUUUAAUUCUAAUUAUAUAGUAUGUGAAUUAAAAUGAUCACGCGAAGUGUAUAUUAUGUAGAUUGUUGAACAGGAUAUAUUUUAAAUGUAUGUCUAAAAGAAAUCUAAUAGUUUAAAUAUCGUGUGAAAAGCUAAGUUAUUUAAAUACUAUGUUGACUACUAAAUCGCAUAUAAUCUAAUGCCAUAUGAUACCGAAAUGUGAACAAAAUAUUUAUUUUUGGCUCUCACGAAUGGCCCGCUGUGUAAAAAGCAGCAAUGAUGUUGGUGCGGUGGAAUAUGCGGUUAGGCCUAGCUGCACUCUGUGGUGGAGCACUACUGAUCAUGCUGUAUUGGAGUCGCUGCACAGAUAUAACACUGAGACCUAGUUCGAUACUAAACAAGGACCAGGCCAAGGAUAACAAUGAGGACAUAGAGUGUCUGAUCAAUGGGGAAUACUCGGUGGUGUGUCACCGUGAUCAUGAUGAGGUCUAUCUCCCCUUCUCAUUUAUACACAAGUAUUUUGAGGUAUACGGUAAAAUAACGCCAGCGGACGGCGUUGAACGAUUUGAAUGGUCGCACAGUUAUAGCAAGGUGUAUCAUCCAAAAAAGAUAUACGAUCCCCGCGGCACCUUUGCGACCUUCGAGAACUAUAACGUAGAAGUGCGGGACCGGGUCAAAUGCAUCAGCGGCAUAGAGGGAGUGCCCGUCUCCACUCAAUGGGAGCCCAAAGGUUUCUUCUACCCGACUCAGAUAGCCCAGUUCGGUCUCGCACAUUACAGUAAGAAUCUCACGGAACCCGAGCCGAGAGUCAUAAUAAUCGACGAUGGAGACAAAAACUUGGGGAACUGGAUCGUCAGCACGGACGCGACUGUAUCCCGCGAAUUCGACACGGAAUUAGAAUCGAAUAUUUUAAGAUUUUCGACGUCUGACCAGGCCUCCAGUCAGGUGUGGUGUAAGGUUAACAUCAGCCAGGACUUUGUGCUAAGUCUUGAUUUGCGCUUGAAACCUAACUCCUCCUUGACAGUGGUUUUGCAGAAUAAAGAUAAAAAAGAAACCGUAUACUUGCAUUACGUCACCAGUCUCCAGCUUAUUUAUGCAUUGGAUGACCACAUAUAUUACGGUAUCGGUGUAGAACACAAGUGGCGGCGACUUACCCGCGAUCUAGUCACGGAUAUGCAGAAAGGCUGGGCGCUCCUAGAUAAGGCGAAGCGGAAAUCUCCUAGAAAUAAAUUUAAGAUAUCCAGUAUAAUUCUGAUGGGCGAGGGCAGUGCGGCCAACAUUCGUGUUUCGACAAGCGAGCACAUGGCGCAUUUCUUUGCGGCAGCCCGUUGGCUCGUGAGUACGCAGCGAGCGCGAGGAGGAUGGCCCGUACGAGCCAGGAGGCGUGUGGCAUCGCGAGUGCCAGAUCUCAGAGCUGGAUGGCACUCGGCAAUGAGCCAAGGGCACGGCAUCUCGGUGCUGGCCAGAGCCUUCCACCGCAGCAAAGACGUGUCGUAUCUACGAGCCGCCCAACGCGCCCUGCACCUCUUGGACGUGCCCAGCUCGGCUGGCGGAGUUAAAGCCAUGUGGAUGGACAAAUACGUUUGGUACGAGGAAUACCCGACGAAGCCACCUCUGUUCGUGCUGAACGGCUUCAUCUACACCCUCCUCGGGCUCUACGACUUACACGUGAUCGAAGGAGACAACUCCAUCUCACUUGCCAAGAAGAUGUUCGACGACGGUAUGCUCUCCCUCAAGACCCUGCUACCCGUCUUCGACACGGGCAGCGGGAGCUUCUACGAUCUGCGCCAUUUCACUUUAGGCGUCAGUCCCAACAUCGCCAGGUGGGAUUAUCACGCGACUCACGUCAACCAGUUGUAUCUUCUGGCAGGAUUGGACCCAGAUCCGAUUUUAAUCAACACGGCGAAACGCUGGGAGGGAUAUAUGCAAGGAAAACGAGCUGCACACAAUUGAACCGUUCCUAUUUGAUCCUGUUGCUUAACUUUCUGGAUUGGUCGUAAUUGAUCCAAAAUUAAAAAAAAAAUUUUUUUGAAUGCAAGAAUGAAUUGAAGAUCGGCUGUGUUUGAUAGUUUGGAUACGAAUCUCAAUGUGGAAAGAAGACUCAAAUAUUCCAGAUGCGACCAUGAAAGUCUUAUAGGAUUAUAAUUAUAGGCGAUAAAGGUUAAAUAGGCACCCCUUUUAUAUUCCAAUUGGUAAUUUUAUUAAAGACCUUAAUCGAUUGAAUAAACUACUUUGCCUUUGUUACGUGGCCAUUCUUGCCUGUACACGUGUGAUGAGAUUUUCUGGUAUCAAAAACUAACAAACUUCUUGAAACACGGAUCGCUUGAAUAGAUUUUAAAACUAAGACUGAACGUUUCUAUUUCGCUGUAAAUAAUUUAGUUAUUUAUAAUUCACAUAAUUUUGGCGCUCGUAUACAUCGGGGUUGGAAACAAUAAUAUCUACUAGUGUCUAACGUUUCCCUUUAAUGUGAUGAAUGAGUACUUAAUGUAAAUACACUUAAACAUAUCGAUUUCAUUGAACAAUCUUCGUACUUAAGUUUUGUCCCAAACCCGUGAAUCCUUGACUCGGUCACGGACCUCUCCAAAAGUGAUGAUAUGGACUCCAACCUUCAAUAGUUCGCUUAUGACUAUCUUAAUAUCUUCAAUACGAGUUUAUUACCGCAAUGAUAAAUAUUCCUUACUCCACGUUAAUUAUUUUUCAAUCAAAGGGACCAUUUAACAAAAAGCUCGUCACUAAUAUAGCGUUUAGUUAACUCAAACUGAACUUCAAAGUUCAGAAAAUAAUGUUUUAAAUAAUAUUUUCGUUUAGUUAACUGGCAAUGUUAAUAAUAGGGUACAACAAGUAAACUCUCACUUAAAAUAUUGCCUACCCUCUUUUUAAUCAAAAUUGCUGCGGGUAAUCUAAUCGUGUUAUGAGGUGACUUCAAUAUGUAUAAAUAUUCCUUCAAUUCUAUUACAUUCGGUUGUGACCCGAAGCACAAAUUUCUAUUUAUUAAAUAAUAUAUAAUUAUAAAAACUAAUUGACUUAGACCAAUCUCAAAAACUAGUUCUAAUUCACUAGUACCUAACAAUUUUUCUUUCUUGCUUCAACCUGUGCUCUUGCCAAAAAUAAAACAAUUAUAUUUCUUGUCAUUACAUUGAUAUCUAUAAAAGCGCGUUUUGACCAAACGCUUUUAAGAUAAACCUUUAAAAAAAAGCAGUCAUUAUUUCCUAUACAGUAAGUAGCGUCGUCUACGGAACUAUAAUUUAUUAUUUCCUAUUUAUUUAGACAUAUAUUAUUUAUUAUUAACGUAAGAAUGAACGCCUAGCUAAGUAAGUUCUCUGUGCUAGUAAUUUUUAUCGUUUUUAGAGAUUAUUCAUAAAAAUUACUCGGUUACGGAAACCCCAAUUGCAUUCCAAAUGUAGAUGAGCUUAGAUAUUCCUUACGUUGACUUAAACUUGUUAUUGUAUAGAUAAACUAUAAUACUCUUUAUUUAUUCCUAAAGAACCUGCAAUUUAAUGUAAUGUGUAGUUGCCGAUUGGGGUACGAAGUCGUCCAUUAAGUUAUAAAUUAACUAAAGGAAACUGCAACUAGCCGAGUUUACUAACGUUAGUAAAGAGCGGUGACCUAUGGUUAGUUUUUGAGUUUUUACUUCUCACUCUUAAUGAACGACUCUGACUGCCGCCGUAAAAGGAUCAUACGUUGUUAUUUCCUACUUCUUGGAAUUCUCAGCCAAAUAUCCCAGCAAAAGUUUACGGAUUAAGGUCUAAGCACACAUAUAAACUCGGAAAGGGAUCGUCACCGUAUCGCUUGGAGCCGUUCAGUACUGUUUGAAUGAAACACGCGCUUACGUCUCUUCGUCCCCUCCCAACUAGCCGUCGCCGAUUUGACGUGCAGGAGCUGCUGAUACGUUAGG